AUGGGAAAGCUCAACGUGGUCAUAUUACGAUACUUAUCUCGUGAUGACUUCCGCGUACUCACAGCGGUGGAAAUGGGGAUGAAGAACCACGAAAUUGUUCCUGUCGGUCUGCUGUCGUCCAUUGCCAGUCUGAGACACGGAGGCUGUAACAAGGUUCUCCGGGAGCUCGUCAAACACAAGCUGGUGGUUUAUGAACGCACCAAGUCGGUUCAAGGAUAUAGACUAAACUAUGGAGGGUAUGAUUAUCUUGCCCUAAAAACAUUGUGCGCUAGGGAUGUCAUUGUCUCUGUUGGCAAUCAGAUGGGAGUGGGUAAAGAAUCAGAUAUUUACAUCGUGGCCAGUCCAAAUGAGGAGCAGUAUGCUUUGAAACUUCACAGAUUGGGUCGCACAUCUUUCCGAAAUUUAAAAAUUAAGAGAGAUUACCAUAAACACCGAAAGAAUAUGUCCUGGCUCUACUUGUCCAGGCUCUCUGCCAUGAAAGAGUUUGCGUAUAUGAAGGCACUGUAUGAUAGAGGUUUUCCUGUUCCCAAACCAAUUGAUUACAACAGGCAUGCUGUGGUCAUGGAGCUGAUCAAUGGUUUUCCUCUCUGCCAAGUUCAUGAGUUGCAAGAUCCUCCAGCCCUUUAUAAUGAAUUCAUGGAACUUAUUGUGAAACUGGCAAAUCACGGUUUAAUACACGGAGACUUCAAUGAGUUCAAUCUGAUGUUGGAUGACCAGGAUCACAUAACUAUGAUUGACUUUCCCCAGAUGGUCUCAACAUCACACGCUAACGCUGAAUGGUAUUUUGACCGCGAUGUCAAGUGCAUCAGGGCUUUCUUUGCCAAACGAUACAACUAUGAGAGUGAGCUUUACCCAACCUUCCAAGACAUAAGGCGGUCAUGUUCUCUUGAUGUGGAAGUCUCAGCAAGUGGCUUCACAAAAGAAAUGGAACAGGAUAGUGACUGGUUGCACCCUGCUGGACCUGAGGAUGAAGAGGAUGACGAAGAUGACGAAGAGACUAUUGAUGAGGAAGAAAUUAGUGAAAAUGAGCCAAAAGCCCCAAUAGAUUUAGAAGAAUUUAAGCAUGCAUUGUUGGAACUUGAAGGUCUCAAAAAUGGAGACACAACAGACGAAACACUGUGUGUAAGAGAAGAGAAAGACUCUUCUGCAAAAAACCACAGCACUGAGACUGAAGUGAUCGAGGAUGAGGCUGUAGAAGCCCCCGAUGAGUGUCCAGAGUUACCACAUCUUUCUACAUCCAACAAAGACUUCAAACCUUUUAGAGACCCAGAGAGUCUUCUGCAUAUUGCGGAACACAGAAGACAAAGGACAAAUAGUGAAAACACAUUGGGAAGUAUUGGAGGUUGCAGUACUAUACCACAUGAGGUGGUGCGACAAAAGGUGCGAAGACAACUCUCCAAACAUCAAAAAGAGGCACAGAGAAGACGGCUCCAGAAAGGAGAGGCCAACCUGGUGACAAAAUCUAGGAGAGACACACAAAAUACAAUCAAGUCCAGUUUGGAAGUGAAUGUGGUGGCUAUGCUUCAUAACUUUUGGGAGCGAAAGAGUCCAACCAAGAGCUCAACUUCUGAAUCAGUGGGAGACCAGAGUCGGACAGAGAGUCUGCUGUUGUACGAGUCAGUGCCUGGAUCCCCCUGUGCCUGCUAUGUCACCCUGCCUGGGGGGAGCUGCUUUGGGAACUACAAGAUCUGUAGCACUCAGGCUGAGGCCCGAAGAGAUGCAGCUCGCGUUGCCUUAAUGAACUCUCUGGUAAAUGAGCUGCCGUGUCGCCAGAUCACGUCACAAUUCAUUACUGAAAGUUUGCAACAGGCCACAUCCGACAGCUCUAUGUCUAUUGAGGAUGCCAGAAAUUCCCACACUAGUCUUGGAACCUACAGUUUGCUGCUUCACUCUUACAUUGGGAAGAGUAUGUUGGAGUUCCAGGAAAUGAUGACAAUUUUCCAGUUGUUGCAUUGGAAUGGAACCCUUAAAGCCCUGAGGGAAAGAAAAUUCUCUCGGCAGAGUGUGAUCUCAUUUUAUUCUCAAAGAGGCUUUGAUGAGUGUACACGCAGCAGCAUGGCUUUGGACUGGCUCAGUCGAGAGAAGAGAACUCCUGGACGGAUUGGAGACGAGUCACAUUUGGCUCAAAUGGAGUUGGUUUUAGCUCGACAAAGAGGUCAAGAGCUGCGCUUCUACAAAGAAAAGAUGGACAUUCUAAGCUUGGCUUUGAGUCAAGCAUAUGGUGUGCAGCAAGAACUCACAAGGCAACAGAACUCCACCCUGCAGCUCGUCAACAACUCUCCAUACAAGUAUCAAGCGAACAGCUAA